GCCAUGACCAGAUCCCCAAUUGGGAUCUUCGACCCCCUUAAAUCCCAAUAAAUACGCAGAGAGGUGAAGGGUGCGGUUUCUUUUCGCUCUCCUCUCGAAGGAACGAAGUAGUAGUUAUGGAGUCAUCCAUGAGUACCACUGCUACUGCACUAUGUUUUCUGGCGUUUCUCUCCGCUACUCACGUUACUGCACUCGUAGGUGUUGACGUAGAAAAUCAAGUGGUAAAUGUGACUUUAGUCCCUCUUAUAGAGUCUCCACGCUAUAAGGAUGUUAGACUAUGCGAACGAAUCCAAGUGUCUGGUCUAUCAAGACUAAAACUUGGGAGUUAUUCAAGUGCACGCCGGGUCACCUUGGUCCCAAUUCCGAGAAGACUUCAUAAGAAAUUUCAGAUUUGUUUCCACAAGAAUUCUUCACUUGGGCUGUGUCAUUGCGAGAAUGAUAGCUGGAAAAGCAUGCAGAAUGACGUGUUGAACUCUGUCAUUUCACCAUAUGAGGACAAUUACAUUGAUGUGAUGUUUGUCGGUGGCUUUUCUGCUUCCGAGCCUGUUUCUGUUACUGUCGCUGUUGCAGAAGAGUUUCAGAGAUGGCGUCUGCUUUGUCUUGCUUUUGGUUUUGUACUAUUGGUGCUUGCACCAAUUGUUAGUAGCUGGGUUCCUUUUUAUUACAGCAGUUCAAUGGCUAUUGGAGUUUGCCUUGUCGUCGUUAUCCUUCUCUUCCAGGGGAUGAAAUUGUUGCCAACUGGCAGGAAAAAUGCUUUCUAUCUCAUGAUAUAUGGUUCAGUGCUUGGUGCAGGAUCUUUUCUAGUAAAUCAAUUCUUAGAGUUUGUCAACUCAAUACUUGUCAAUUUUGGGAUUAGCCAAGAGAUGCACAACCCGGUGGCUGUAUUUUUGCUGGUUGGAAUUAUCCUUGCUGGAGCUGGUUUUGGAUAUUGGCUUGUAAGGAAAUAUGUUGUUUCAGAAGAUGGAACCGUAGAUGUUGGUGUAGCUCAAUUUGUAAAAUGGGGGAUUCGGAUAAUUGGCGUGACUUUUAUUUUCCAGAGCACACUUGAUACUCCUUUGGCAGUGGCGCUACUUGGCUCUUCUUUGGCAAUUUACUACUCUAUUACUUCUAUGAAAUGGCUUCGCCCAAGGGAAUUAACAUAUUCUGGAAACAGGAGCUCAUGGUCUUGGAGUAACGAAAGAACUAACAAGAACCCUAUGCAACGCGCAGAGUUCUUAAGCAGGUCUGGAGCAACGAAAACUCGAGGAACUCUAUGGAAUAGCCCCAACAGUCCAUCUGCAUGGUCUGGUUCACCAGUUAAAGGUGUCUUGUCAACAUUUAAUCAGAGGGUUACAAGAAAUCGCCAGGACUAUUAUUCAACAUUUCACAGGACACCUAACAAAAAGAAAUUCUCCAAGGAAGAAUGGAAGGAUUUGACAGAGGAAUCUACUCGGCAGGCAGUCACGGAGUUAACAUCAUCUCCCGAAUUCACUGAUUGGAUAAUCAAGCACUCUGAUAGGAUCCAAGUCCUCCCGAAUGAUAGUUCUGAUUCAAGCGGAAGUGGGUUCGAUUCAACAAAUGAAAAUGCUGCAGAGAGCAGCAGUGGGCUUAGUUUCUUUAAUUGGAGUAUGCACAAGUAGAGAUCACAUCAAUUGGGGUUUAUCAAAUGGUUCAGAGAUGCACUGGUCUCCCUCUCUCUGUCUGUACAGGGUAGCGUGGGGUUGAGGGGGGGGGGGGGGGGUUUUCAUUUUUUUAUUAUAUUGGAAAGUUUUAACUUAGAUCCACCAGAUUCUUUAGUAUUAUUCAAGCUCAUGUAAGUCUUUUGAUGUUUAUUUUCGAGGAAGAGUCAUCAAUCGAUGUAGAGUUGCACGUGUUUCUCAUUAUGUAGACAAAGAAAGGUAAAUAGCUUAGUAAUAGCACAAGAAUUUUUCAUCUUUA